GUGUGUUUUUGUCUCCCAGUCUUUCCAGACCUGCUGGACGUCGUCCCAGUCAGCCUCCAUGUCACCGUCAUCUUCUUCUGUGGUGUCGUGAUCCUCUUCUCCUCCGUGGCCUCCGGCUUCUUCUUCUUUAACGCCUUCGGACGGCCGUACGAGACGCUGCAAGGCCCCAUGGGACUUUACCUGUGGACCUUCAUCAGCUGGCUCAGCAGCGUUCUGGCGAUGAUCCUUUUUGCGUCGGAGGUGAAACUUCAUCGUCUGUCAGAUCGGAUCGCCAACUUCAACGAGGUGAACUUCGUCUUCCAGACGCUCGCCGAGCGCUACGACCGCUCCUUCUGGCUCCUCCUCCUCGUCUUUCUCCUCCACUCACUCAACUUCCUGCUCACCCGCCUGGCGGGAAUCCACUUCCCCCUACAGGAGGGCAAGGAGGCGGAGCUUAGUGGGGGCGCCGCCGACCUCAUGUACUGAGCCCGGAGCCUGGAGGGGACAAAACACUAAGAAACAAGUCAUCCAUCACUUCCUGUCAUCACUUCCUGUCAGAGAGACUGGUAGAGAUGCGGUGAUUAAAGGACGCGUCCGUAGACUUUACUAACGUGUUUUUAUGUGUCUGUGAAGUUAAAGAGUUAAACAAACAUUAAUGACACCUGACAGUCAGGCAGCAGGGCUGUUUUUAACCUUUGAGAUUCACUUUAACCCUUUGAAACCUGAGCACAUUGAUUUGAUUUCUUUAGAAACAAUGCAAUAACCAACUCGGUGACAAGAAGACGACCUGGAAAUUAUUGUUGUUGUUGUUUUUGUUUUGAAAAAGGGAAACAAAAAAAAAAACAACUUAUAA